CGUAGCAUAAUCAAGACGUUCCCGCCACUAACAACUCGACGAAACAACAAUAGCUCUAUUGAUUUCAAAACGUACUGAUAUUGAGCUGCUUUUAAAGGUGUCGCUAACUACUGUUGCUUCUGUUCCACUUUAAAAGACCAAAUAGCCGUUCAUAUUUUUCAUUUUGUUGUGGAAUAGUGCUCUAGCUGGGCUUAAGCUCCUUGAACUAAGAUCAAGCUAGGCCAAACGAGUAGCAUUCAGAAUGAAAAUGUCAGAAGAUCAAGUUGUCGAAGAUGACGCUACAUUUCAGGACGAGGAGGAGUCCUUUUUCCAAGACAUUGACCUCCUACAGAAGCAUGGCAUUAAUAUGGCGGAUAUCAAAAAGCUCAAAUUGGUGGGCAUUUGCACCGUUAGGGGAAUCCAGAUGACCACUCGCAAGGCUUUGUGCAACAUUAAGGGGCUGUCGGAAGCAAAAGUAGAAAAGAUUAAGGAGGCUGCAGGAAAAAUGCUGAAUGUUGGAUUCCAGACAGCCUUUGAGUACAGCGCCAAGAGAAAGUUGGUUUUUCACAUUACAACCGGCAGUCAAGAGUUUGAUAAACUGCUGGGUGGAGGAAUAGAGAGUAUGGCUAUCACAGAGGCCUUUGGUGAGUUCCGUACAGGAAAAACCCAGCUCUCCCACACACUCUGUGUCACAGCUCAGCUACCAGGAGAAGAAGGCUACUCAGGCGGGAAGGUCAUCUUCUUAGACACAGAGAACACCUUCCGCCCAGACCGACUGAGAGACAUUGCAGACAGGUUUAAUGUGGACCAUGGUGCCGUCCUCGACAACGUGCUUUAUGCCCGGGCCUAUACUAGUGAACAUCAGAUGGAGCUGUUGAACUUUGUAGCUGCCAAAUUCCAUGAAGAAGGAGGAGUCUUUAAGCUUUUGAUCAUUGAUUCCAUCAUGGCUCUGUUCAGAGUGGACUUCUCAGGCCGAGGUGAGUUGGCUGAGAGACAGCAGAAACUGGCCCAGAUGCUCUCCAGGCUGCAGAAGAUCUCUGAAGAGUACAAUGUUGCUGUGUUUAUUACCAACCAAAUGACAGCUGAUCCUGGUGCAGGAAUGACAUUCCAGGCUGAUCCCAAAAAACCGAUUGGCGGCCAUAUCCUGGCCCACGCCUCCACCACAAGGUUAAGCUUGAGGAAGGGACGCGGAGAAAUGAGAAUUGCCAAAAUAUUUGACAGUCCUGAUAUGCCAGAGAACGAGGCCACUUUUGCUAUCACUGCUGGAGGAAUUGCUGAUGCAAAAGAAUGAAGGAUAAACAAGCAAGUGAUAUAUUAGCAGUUUGCUCUUGCACGUUUAGUGAUUUAAAACUAAUAAUUAAUUAGUUUUUGCUAGAUUUUAACGAGUAGUCAAUGUUUAUGCUUUUAGCACAGUUAGCUGUUGCCUUUUGAUUAAUUUAAGGCAUUUUUAUACUAUUUAUUAUCUCGGUUGUCAUACACAAGUAUGAAAAUAAAAUAUGAGUUAUUUAAGAUACUUUUCAACAUAUUUAUUACAUGCAUUGUCAUGUUGUUUGUCAAUCUUAUGAUUCAAUAAAAUACA